CCUGGGCCGCUGACGUCUCCCGGAAGCGUGCACAUGCAAGCAGCAGGCAACACGUCAUGGCUGCGAGGCGCCUCUUCGGUGCUACCUGCAUGUGGGCCGGCUGGAGGGCCCGGGCGCUUCUAGGCUCUGCCGGAAGACUCCUGAUCCGAGAUUAUGCCAAGAAACCGGUCAUGAAAGGAGGCAGAGGGGGUAAAGGUGGUGUAGCCAGUGAGAGCUUGAAGGACCCCGAUGUGUGCACGGACCCUGUCCGGCUCACCUCGUAUGCAAUGGGCGUCAACAUCUACAAGGAGGGCCAGGAUGUGGCCUUGAAGCCAGACGCGGAAUACCCCAAGUGGCUAUUCCAGAUGAACCUGGGGCCCCCCAAGAAACUAGAGGAGCUGGACCCUGAGACGCGGGAGUACUGGCGGCUGCUGCGGAAACAAAACAUCUGGCGCCACAAUCGGCUGAGCAAGAACAAGAAGUUCUAGCAGGGACAGGCCAGAGCACCCUGAAGGAGGGCCUGGUGGGACACAGUAUCCUACCCCCACCACCGAGGACUUUUUGUUUUUCUGGAGAAAACGGACUUGAGGUUACUGUGUGUCUCCCUCCCACUCCUAGUAAGACUGGAUGGUGGAUACUUCCUGAUGUUGGGUCUGCAGGGAGUUGGCUCCUCAGACCAAGGUGCCGUCAUCCCCUUGGGUCCUCUGUAGGCUUUUCUCCCUGGAUCCUGGAGUUCCUUCACUCUGCCUAGGGGUCCCCCACUGAAACCUUGAGGGUCAGGUGGUCCUAGCUAAACCUUUGUUGGUUGCCAUGGAUUCAGGUCUGACUAAAGCCAUCAGAAUCAGAAAAGAGUCUGGGUCUCCAAGAACUAAAAUGACAUUCAGUCUCCAAGACUAAUUCUGCCCUGUCCCAGGGAAACUCAUCCUCUUAGAGGGACUCUGUGCAGCAGAUUAGUACAUACUUGCCUGCCCUGGGCAGGCGGAGGGUGUGAGCAUAUUUUCUCUGUUGUUCACUGAAGGCCAUGCUGUCCCCUCCCUCCUUCCUGUGGUUCCACACAGCUCUCAGGGUAAAAACCAAAGUUAUAAUGGCUACUGUACCACCUGCUCUCCCCACCUUCCUCUCUUCCCCUCUUCCUUCUGCUAUAGCCACAAGGGCCUCAUUGCUGUGCUUCCACACUAGGCUUGGUCCUACCCCAGGGCCUUUUGUAGGGGCUGUGCCGUCUACCUGGGUCGUUCUUCUCUCACCUCCUUCAGGUCUCUGCUCUAAUGCCACCUUCUCCUUGAGGAUUACCUGUUCACCCUAUUAAAAUCAUAGCUCCUGCCACA